CUGUUUUCUUUUUCAGGAAGAUUGGCCGAGUUGAUAUUGAUCUAAGUGUGUAUUAUUAACGAAUAUAUCGCGGCUAGAGUACCAGUAAUUCUCACUUGUUGUUACCAUCCACCGCAGUCGUCCUCUUAUUCACACUCUGCCUUUCUCGGACACCCCAACGUACCCGGAGCCUACAGCGUCCUGUAGUCGAUCCUCCUCUGCUCGGCCCAGCGACUCGUCCAAUUCCAUUGGCCGCAACGAUCGCGCAAACGGACAAACGGGCAAACAGAUGGAUCCGCAGAAUCCGCCCGGCUCCUCCCACGGCGGGCAGCAACAGGAACGCGAGCAACCGGUUUAUGACAUUAGCAAUGGCGGACAUUAUGGUGCAAGUGCGGCGCUUUCGGCGAGAGGCUAUGCUCCAGUGCCCGAACUCUACACGGGAACAUGGGCCAAUGUGAACCAAGGGCUCCAUGGGAAUUACCGGGACAUCCUGACGACGUAUUGGCAGCAGACCAUCAACCAACUGGAAAAUGAGACGCACGACUAUAAGAUUCAUCAAUUACCGCUAGCUCGGAUCAAGAAGGUGAUGAAGGCAGAUCCCGAAGUCAAAAUGAUAUCUGCAGAGGCACCCAUUCUGUUUGCUAAAGGAUGCGACAUCUUCAUUACUGAGCUUACUAUGCGCGCCUGGAUUCACGCCGAGGAGAACAAGCGACGGACGCUACAGCGAUCCGACAUUGCAUCAGCUCUGGCUAAGUCUGACAUGUUUGAUUUCCUGAUCGAUAUCGUUCCUCGAGAGGAGGCAACUUCACAUUCGAAGAGGCCUGGUGGCCAGGCCGGUGCUGCUGGUGCUGCUGGGCAACCUGCGCCAGGUGCUCCAGUGGUAACGGGACAGUUGCCUUCGCAGCAGACAGCUGUCACGCAGCCUAGUCAUGGUGCACCACAGCAUCAUAUGGCUCCCCCGGAUUACACUUCUCUUGGCCAGCAUGCGUUACCGACGGAACAAGAUUACCGAGCGCAGGCAGGCAUGUAUGCUGGUGCCGUCCAGUCGGACCCAACGGGUGCCUAUGGUCAGCCGCCGCAGCAAAUGUUUGAGGGCAUGUAUGGCUAUGCUCCCAUGCCGCCGCAGCAGAUGUAUCAAGUUGGCCAGCGCGGCCCGGAUCCGUCUACGGGUACUGAUGCGGGGCAUCAUUACUCACGUCAUGACGGAGGCGAUGGAGACGCUGAUGCGGAGGGCGAAGGCGACUACGAAGUGGGUUAGUCGGAAAGGCAGGUUAAUUGUUUGUUGAAGAGGCUCGGGAAUUUUUAAAGGAUUUGAUUGAAGACUCGGACAUUGCGGGUAUUAUUCGAAAUUGUUUCGUUUCCAUGGCACAGCACUAGGAGUUUUGUUUGGAAUAGCAGCAAUUGCCAGUCGGGCAAUUUCAGCGAGGAAAAUAAUGCAGCCUAUAUAUGUACUGCUGUCGGGUACAGAUGAGAUCUGGCGACAGUAAGGGCUAUAGAGUACAGAGCGGUAUACAGAUUGGUGAUAAUGAGGGG